ACAAAAGGCAGUAUAAAACAUGCCGAUACCCUGGGGACCACACAGUCCAUCGCUCUUUUCAGUGUAAUCAACUGAGCAGUCACAUAACCUAAGCAAAAUGAUUGCCAAAUUCGUUAUUGUUAUCGCCCUGGCCAUCGUUUCCAUCAACGCGAGUAUUGCACCACUUGCUGCUCCUGCUGCAAUUGUGGCCCCUGCAGUGGCGCCGGCGGCGUACAUCGCGCCUUACGCCAGCUCGUACUCGGCUCACGCAGUGAACCACGCCGUCGCUGCCCCUGUAGUAGCCCCUGCGCGAGUAGUGGCCCCUGCCCCUGUGUUCGCCGCAGCCCCAUAUGUAGCCCACGCCGCACCGCUCGUGGCCCCCGCCGCGCCUGUCCUAGCCGCCAGAUACCUGUCAGCCCCUUACUACUUAUAAACGAAUUUGGUAACCUCAUUGCCUAGUGACUUGCUCAAUAUUGUAUAUUCCUAAUUGUUAUUGUUUAUAAUAUGUGAAAUAUAAAAUUAUAAAUCAGA